GACAUCUAACCACCCAUCAAUACCCAAAAUCGUCCUGCCGGCUAGAAGAAGUUUCCACCUCCGGCCGGGAUCCACCGGCAUUAUCUUGUAAUCGGCUCCUUAUGCAGACUCUACUUUCUUGCAAAGAAAGAAAGAAACAAAUGACAAGUAAGUAUAAAUUAGUCACAAGCGCGUAGAAAGGGACCAGAAGGGGGACUCUCUCUUUAAUCUGUUUUCGCAGCGCGGACGUUUUGAUUCUCGAAAGGACGAAAGAUAUGCAUCUCUACAAUGCUUGGCUUCCUCCACCAGUUGCAGAAGAAACGAAGAGAGAGAAGGAAUCAUUUGCUUAUGUUGUGAGGUCUGUAAAGGAAUCGUGGCGACCUGACGAUCCCGAAUCUGUUUAUUCAACUCUCAAAUGGAUCUCUGUCAUCGACAUCUUUGUGAAGGCAAAAAGUGAAGUGUCUUUGGAGGAUGUGACCACACUUGUGGAACUUGGGUUGGAAUUGUUUCUUGCAUCACAGAACAAACUGUAUGCUCAGGUUAGAUGGGGAAACAUCCUAGUGAGGUUACUAAAUAAGCAUGGAAAGAAGUUGUCCUUUAAGGUUCAAUGGCGACCUUUCUAUGACACUUUAAUGCAUACACACUUUACAAGAAACACAGGCCCUGAAGGGUGGAGAUUGAGGCAACGACAUUUUGAGACUGUGACAUCCCUUGUUCGAUCCUGCCGGAAGUUCUUUCCGGCAGGCUUUGCAUCUGAGAUAUGGUCUGAAUUUAGAUCACUGUUGGAAAAUCCAUGGCACAACUCAUGCUUUGAAGGUGCUGGGUUUGUCAGACUAUUUCUUCCUACAAACAUGGACAACCAAGAAUUCUUUUCACAUGAUUGGGUUAAACAAUGCAUAGACCAGUGGGAUUCAAUACCAAAUUGCCAGUUUUGGGACAGUCAAUGGGCUGCAGUUAUUGCUCGUUGUAUAAAGAAAUACAGUUAUAUAAACUGGGACUGUUUCUUGCCUGCACUUUUCACUCGAUAUUUAAAUAUGUUUGAGGUUCCUGUGGCAAAUGGUAAUGGAUCAUAUCCUUUCUCAGUGGAUGUUCCUAGAAAUACAAGGUUCUUGUUUUCCAACAAAGCCAUUACCCCAUCUAAAGCUAUUGCCAAAUCAAUUGUGUACCUUUUAAAGCCUGGGAGUUCGGCUCAACAGUACUUUGAGAAAUUAGUCAACCUCUUAGAACAAUAUUAUCAUCCAUCUAAUGGAGGUCGCUGGACUUACUCACUAGAGCGUUUCUUGCGAUAUUUAGUGAUCACUUUCCAGAAACGUCUCAUGCAUGAGCAACAGAGCAAGGAUGACAAUAGACGGGCUGAACUGUACUUGGGAAGACCAGAAAGAGCCUCUUUUGUGAAAGUAGUGCUAAAAUUAAUUGAACGUGGCCAGUAUAGCAAAAAUGAAUCUCUUUCUGAGACAGUUGCUGCUGCAACAUCCAUUUUAUCAUAUGUGGAACCUUCUUUGGUGCUUCCAUUUAUUGCAUCUCGGUUCCACAUGGCCUUGGAGACAAUGACAGCCACCCACCAAUUGAAAACUGCUGUUACAUCAGUAGCAUAUGCUGGGAGAGCCCUAUUUCUUGCGUCAUUUUCAUCAUCUUCAUCUAAAGCAGAUGAUCUUGGAAAUACUGAUGGAUUUGUUGAUCUUCUGAUGAUUUCUUUAUCCAAUACAUUGCUUGGUAUGGAUGCUAACGAUCCCCCUAAGACCUUGGCAACAAUGCAAUUGAUUGGCUCUGUAUUUUCCAAUAUAGCAUCACUAGAUGAUAAAGAUGGAUCAUCGUUUAUGCCAACCAUCAGCUUUUCUGAAUGGCUUGAUGAGUUCUUAUGUCGCCUAUUUUCUUUACUUCUACACUUGGAACCUAGCACUGUUUUGAAUGAAGGUGCCCACACAUCAGCAUCAUCAGGAACUUUCUUGGUUGAAGAUGGUCCUUUUUACUUUUGUAUGCUGGAGAUCUUACUAGGAAAACUGUCAAAACCUUUAUAUAACCAGGCCUUGAAGAAAAUUUCUAAGUUUGUCACCACAAAUAUUCUUCCUGGAGCUAUUUCAGAGGUUGGACUCCUUUGUUGUGCAUGUGUUCAUUCUAGUCCAGAAGAGGCAUCCAUUCACAUCAUUGAACCGAUCUUGAUGUCCAUCAUAUCCUCCUUAAAUGGAACACCUGCUACGGGUUUUGGUGGAAGAGGAAUUUCUGGUGCCUCAGUUUCAACCAAGGCAAAACCAACACUUUCUCCAGCUUUGGAAACAGCAGUUGAUUAUCAAUUGAAAUUGUUAUCAGUUGCCAUUAGUUAUGGAGGUGCCGUGCUUCUUCGCUACAAGGACCAAUUGAAAGAAGCGAUUGUUUCUGCCUUUGAAGCACCAUCUUGGAAGGUCAAUGGAGCUGGUGAUCAUGUUCUUCGAUCCCUCCUUGGAAGCUUGGUCCUCUAUUACCCUAUUGACCAGUAUAAGUGCAUCUCUCACCAUCCUGAUACUGCUGUAUUAGAGGAAUGGAUCAGUGCAAAAGGUUAUCAAAAUGAAGAUCAGUCAUUGAGCCCCAAAUGGCACAUCCCCAGUGAUGAUGAAAUAUUAUUUGCAAAUGAACUCUUGAAUCUACAUUUUCAAUCGGCUUUAGAUGAUCUUCUAAGAAUAUGCCAGACCAAAAUUCACUCUGAUCCAGGGAAUGAGAAGGAGCACCUGAAAGUUACACUUUUACGUAUUGAUUCUUCACUGCAAGGUGUCCUCUCAUGUUUGCCUGAUUUCCGUCCACCAUUUACAAAUGGAAGGGUUGAAGAUUCUAGCAACCAUUCUUUCCUAAUAGCUGGGGCAUCAGGUUCAACUGUUGGCAGCUCUGAACUGCGGGAAAAAGCUGCUGAGAUAAUACAUAUGGCUUGCAAAUACUUAUUGGAGGAAAGAUCAGAUGAUAGCAUCCUUUUGAUUCUCAUUAUUCGUAUAAUGGAUGCUUUAGGAAACUAUGGGAGCUUGGAAUAUGAUGAGUGGUCAAAUCACAGACAAGCCUGGAAACUGGAAUCUGCUGCCAUAAUAGAGCCUCCAAUAAAUUUCAUUGUAUCAUCUCAUUCUCAGGGGAAGAGAAGGCCCAGAUGGGCACUUAUUGACAAGGCAUACAUGCAUAAUACAUGGAGAUCAUCACAAUCAUCUUACCAUCUGUUUCGUACUAGCAAGAAUAUAUCUCCCUCAGAUCAAGUGGCUCUUUUAUUGGAUGAUCUUCUGAACCUUUCUUUGCAUAGAUAUGAAACUGUUCGUAUACUCGCUGGAAAGUCUCUCUUGAAGAUUCUCAAGCGUUGGCCAUCUAUGAUUUCGAAGUGUGUUAUCACCCUUACUGACAAUUUACGAGAUCCAAAUACACCAGAACAUGCGGUGCUAGGUUCUUGUGUAGUCCUUGCUACACAGACUCUUCUUAAGCAUUUAGCAAUGGAUCCAAAAUCCUUCUCCUCAUUUCUCCUAGGCAUCCUUGCAAGCUCCCAUCAUGAAUCACUGAAAGCUCAGAAAGCUAUCAAUGAGCUUUUUGUCAAAUACAACAUACACUUCUCCGGAGUUUCCAGGAAUGUUUUCAGGAUACCAGACAAUUCAGAUGAACCAAAAUUUGCAGAUUUGGUUUCUCAGAUUGUUGCUAUGAGCUUUGAUACAACUGGCUUGCAUUGGCGGUAUAAUCUUAUGGCUAACCGAGUAUUGCUAUUACUAACUAUGGCUUUUAGGGGUGACCCAAAUUCAUCUUCAAAAAUCCUCAGUGAAACUGCUGGUCAUUUCUUAAAGAAUUUGAAAAGUCAACUUCCUCAGACAAGGAUACUCGCAAUCUCAGCUCUAAAUACUCUGUUGAAAGAGUCACCGUACAAAAUUUCUUCUCCAGAGCAGCAACAUUUGUCGAGGCAGUUAGAAGGGAAUACCAAAUCUUCCCUUGAAGGGGCACUAAGCCAAAUUUUUCAGGAAGAGGGAUUUUUCAGUGAUACACUGAACAGUCUUUCUCAUGUCCAUAUAAUCACUGACACUGAUAGCAAUUCUUCACGAGGAAGUCAUGCAUCUUCUUUCCAGAGCCUUGCAGAUAAGUCAAUCACUCGUUUCUAUUUUGACUUCUCAGCUUCAUGGCCACGGACUCCUAGUUGGAUUUCUUUGUUGGGAAAUGAUACUUUUUACUCAAACUUUGCACGGAUUUUUAAACGCUUGAUUCAAGAAUGUGGGAUGCCAGUUUUAUUGGCACUUGAGAACACAUUAGGGGAGUUUGCAAAUGCUAAAGAGAGGUCAAAGCAGUGUGUUGCUGCUGAAGCAUUGGCUGGGGUAUUGCAUUCUGAUAUUGAUGGUCUUGUGGAAGCAUGGGAGAACUGGCUAAUGGUCCAACUUCAGAAGAUCAUUCUGGCACCAUCUGUGGAAUCAACACCAGAGUGGGCAGCAUGCAUACGUUAUGCGGUUACAGGAAAAGGAAAAUAUGGAACAAGAAUUCCUCUUCUGAGGCAAAGGAUCAUGGAUUGUUUGGUUACACCUUUACCCCAAAUGGUGGCUACCAAUGUAGUUGCUAAGCGCUAUGCUUUCCUUUCAGCUGUUUUGAUUGAGAUCUCCCCACCUAAAAUGCCAAUGGAGGAGAUUCAAUUCCAUGAUAAACUUUUGGAAGAGUUAUUGGACAAUAUGAGCCAUUCAUCUGCACAAGUCAGAGAAGCUAUAGGCGUAACCCUUUCUGUGUUAUGUUCGAACAUUCGGCUCUGCAAAUUCUUUGCAUGUUGUCAAUCUCAUAAGGAGAAAGAAAAUCACGCAGAUGAUUCUCUUAAAGGGGGGAGUUGGCAUCGGCUGCUAACAGAACGAGCUUCUGAAUUGGCUGUAAAUAUCCAGAAUGCUAGUCAGACUGACAAUUUGGAGACUGCUUCAGAUACAACUCAUGAAAAUAGUCUUUCAAAUCAUGAAUCACUAGAAGAUGUUAAGUGGCUGGAAACGAUGUUCUAUUUUGUUAUCUCAUCUUUGAAGUCCGGAAGAUCUUCUCUCUUGCUGGACAUAAUUGUUGGUCUUCUUUAUCCCAUUAUUUCUUUGCAGGAAACUUCAAAUAAAGAUUUAUCAACAUUAGCCAAGGUGGCAUUUGAAUUAUUAAAAUGGAGAAUUUUUCUGGAGCCCCAUCUUCAAAAGGCUGUAUCAGUGAUUCUUUCAAUGGCCAAUGAUUCCAACUGGCGAACUAGAUCUGCAACUCUGACAUAUUUGCGAACAUUUAUGUAUAGGCAUACUUUCCUUUUGUCAAAUGUGGAGAAACACCUAAUUUGGAAAACAGUUGAAAAGCUACUUAUAGACAACCAAGUUGAGGUAAGGGAGCAUGCAGCAGCAGUUCUGGCAGGUCUAAUGAAAGGUGGAGAUGAAGAUCUAGCCAGGGAAUUCCGUGAUAGAGCAUUCACAGAGGCAUUAACUAUCCAAAUGAAGCGAAGGCAGAGAAAGUUAAGCUCUGGCGAGUCUAUAGCUUCUAUACAUGGUGCAGUCCUUGCAUUAGCAGCUUCUGUAUUAUCAGUUCCCUAUGACAUGCCCAGUUGGCUGCCUGACCAUGUAACCUUAUUGGCUCGUUUCAUUGGGGAACCAUCACCCGUGAGAUCUACUGUUACCAAGGCAGUUGCAGAGUUCAGGCGUACUCAUGCAGAUACAUGGAAUGUUCAGAAAGAUUCUUUCGAUGAAGAGCAACUUGAGGUUUUGGGCGACACUUCCUCUUCGUAUUCAUAUUUUGCUUGAGCUGUAUUAGUUCUGUAAGAAAAGGGGUAAUAAUUGAUAAAGAACAGAGAAAAUAAAAGAAACGAGGCAUAUAACUGAUUGUAACUAUGUAAUUCACUUUUAUUUACACCCGUCAUUUGCAUGUU